UUUUGGUCGACCCUGCGGCCUGCAUGGCUGCAAUCAUAAUUCAUUAUUCGUGAACACUGAUCGUGAUUCGAUUACAAGACAUUAAACUGCUACUACAGGUCUGUGAAAGUGUGAACUCUUGAACGUAAAUAUACCAAGUUUUCCACCGCAACAAUUGUCGACCGUUCUGAUUCACAAUAUUUCAAUUGCGUGGACGUCCAGUCGGUCCGUACGACAUACAAUCAUGUUUACAAAAAUCAUGUCGCAAAUGAAUAACAAAGGCAUCCCGUUGACACCAAUGUCCAAGAAAAUGAUGCCAAGACUGUACAAGACUACCGUCGCUUUGAAAACAUGGGGUCUGUCCGGAUUGUCGUUUGGUGUAACAAGUUUUGUACUGCUUUGUUAUGUAACAGAGUGGCGCACUGUGUUACAGUUUUGUCCUUACUACAAUGGUAAGUAUAAUGAAUUGGAUAUUGAAGAUAAAUUGAAUGAAAUCCAAGAGGCAGCAGAUAAUAAAGAACGUAAGGAAAAUUCUUUAAGAGAUUUUCAGCAUGAGAGAGAUGUAAAAUUUGACAGUCAAAAAUAAUAAUAAUCCGAGUAAACAAAUGUGAAUGAACCAUGUACCCAUCUUAGUGCAUAUUUUUCAACAAAUAUUAUUUAAGGAAUUUGUGUAAUUCAAUAUUAAAUUGCAUUAGUAAUAAAUAUAUUUCUAUUUUUUGUAUUCAAAGUAUUUUUACAGGUAAUACAAUUUUUUUUACAUUUACAUUUGUUAUUUAAAUAUAAUUUCAA